AUGUCCGAAUCUCAAACUGAAUAUGAUCUUGGUAUCACUUGUGAUAUGCACGUCCAUUUGAGAGAUGGCGAAAUGUGCAAAUUGAUCACUCCUACUGUGAAGGAAGGUGGUAUUUCUGUUGCUUAUGUGAUGCCAAACCUAAGCCCACCGGUUAUUACCUUGGAAAGAGUCCAAGAGUAUAAAUGUACCUUGGAAUCUCUUGCACCAGAAACAACUUUUUUAAUGUCUUUCUAUCUCUGCAAAGAUUUGACGCCUGAAUUGAUCCAUGCAGCAGCAAAAGUUGGUGCUAUUCAAGGCGUGAAAUGUUAUCCUGCUGGUGUGACUACCAACUCGGCGCAAGGUGUGGACCCUAACGAUUUCACAGUGUUUUAUCCAUUGUUUAAGGCCAUGGAAGAAGAGGGCAUCGUGUUGAAUUUACAUGGUGAAAAACCAAGUGUCGCUGGUGAAAAAGAGGAUAUUCAUGUUUUGAAUGCCGAAGAAUCAUUCUUGCCUGCCUUAAAGAAGCUCCACCUUGAUUUCCCAAAGUUGAAGAUCAUUUUGGAACAUUGCACCACUGCUGCCGCCAUCAAGACCAUUGAAGAGAUCAAUGCUGAUGUCAAGGAUCCAUUGGAUGUCAUGGUCGCCGCUACUAUCACCGCGCAUCAUCUUUUCUUGACUAUUGACGAUUGGGCUGGAAAUCCAAUCAAUUUCUGUAAGCCUGUUGCAAAGCUUCCUAGCGAUAAAAGGGCUCUAGUUCAAGCUGCAACAUCCGGGAAACCAUACUUUUUCUUUGGAUCUGAUUCUGCGCCACAUCCGAUAGAAAAUAAAGCUAAACAUGUAGGCGUAUGUGCCGGUGUGUUUUCGCAAUCGCUGGCAAUUCCAUACCUGGCUGAAAUAUUCGAAACUCAAGGAAAACUGGACACUUUAAAGAACUUCGUAAGCGAUGCACCAUUAUCAUUUUAUGCAUUGAAACCAGAAGACAUCAAGUCCAACCAAAACGUUACAGUCUUCAAAAAGACAACUAAUAUCCCAGAAAUAAUCACUGAUGGAAAAGGCCUCAGAGUUGCUCCAUUCAAAGCUGGAGAUGAGUUACACUGGGCUGUCAGAUGGGACUAG